AACUCUCCUUACCUCCAAUUGACAAUGGCUGAUUGCUUCUAUCUACACUCGGGUAUAAAAAAGAUCAACUAUGACGAUUUGCCUUGUGGCGACGUCGACCAGCUCGGCCAUAAUGUGACUUGUUGCGUUCGAGGCUCCACCUGCCUAAGCAAUGGACUCUGCCAAAACGCCGGAGGUAAUGGACAUUACAGUGCUGAUUGCACAGAUCCAACUCUAGAAGAUCCAGCAUGUCAGGUUCGCUGUGAAUUCGCUGACAUUGGUAUUCUCGGUACAGGAGGUCUUGCCGGCUCACAAGUUACCUACAAUUCAACUACCAAACUCUGGGCAUACUGCAGCUACAAUGGGGGAGAACCAGAUUGUUCAAUAGCAACCAACGAGGUCUUUCCAGCCCCUGCUCCAUCCAGUCUCACAACAAUCAUGGUUCUCCCUACCACCGGGGCAGCCACAUAUUCCACGCCAUCGGCGACCGCUACAACUCCCUUGGUCACAAUUACAACCACGCCUUCACCCUCGUCAUCAUCGUCUGGUAUUAGUUCGGGGGCUGCCACUGGUAUUGGUAUAGGCGCUGGCGCCGGAAUAAUCCUUGUCGCUUCGGCGAUCGCCUUCGUCUGUUUUAAACGGCGGCGACACUCGAAUACAAAAUCGUUGAAUUCUGCUGGCAAUGUAUCUUCUCAGCAGGCUUUAGUGGGUGAGUUGGGGAAUGAGACGAUGAUUGGGGAGUUGGAUGGUGGACGCACAAUGUAUGAGCUAGCUUCCACGUCCAGAUUGAAGCCAUAG